AUGCCCCUCCCCAGUGUAGUGGGGGGACAGGGGAGUCAGUCGCUCCGUGGCCAGUUGCUCGGAGUCAUGGAUUCGGAGAUCUCUCUCGAAGAUGGCUACCUCCAGUGUGCUCCACCGCCUUGCGAACAAAACAUACCCGCCAACACUCAGUUCCCAUACACGAGUGAUUGCCCUUCGCCUCUGUACAGAAACUACCUCCCCUACCUCGAAGAAUUCCCAGUGAGCGGUAACCUGCAGAAUGCCGAUUAUCAGCAGGAGAAGAAGUCUGGAAAGGAAGCUAGAAUCAGACGGCCGAUGAAUGCCUUCAUGGUCUGGGCAAAGGUCGAGCGGAAGAAGUUAGCAGACGAGAAUCCCGAUUUGCAUAAUGCCGACUUAUCCAAGAUGCUAGGUAAGAAAUGGAGAUCUCUCACACCACAAGACAGGCGACCGUUUGUUGAAGAAGCAGAAAGAUUACGGGUGAUGCAUAUGCAAGAACACCCUAACUACAAGUAUAGACCAAGACGGAGGAAGCAAACAAAAAGAUCAGGAGGAGGGAGCAGCCCUAGCAGAGCAGAACUUCCUUACACCUAUUACAGUCCGACGCCGGAUUCGAGUCCUGAUUGCAGCCCUCGGCUCCAGGAAGAGAGAAAAGACGACAUGGAGCCACAACCAAGCGGUAGUAGCCAGGAUCAGGCUUACUACAGGUACCAAACCUACAGACCAUAUAAUUAUCCACAAAAUAAUACAAUUUCGGCGAUGGGGGUUGCCAAAGGAAUGGUGAUGAUGUGCACUAACCAACGAUUGUUGGGUACUUACGAGCAUUCUGGAAUCGUGACGGGGACGUUCUACCCACCGAUAGCCACCAGCCAGGACCAGCAGAGCCUCGGACCUUCCAACAGCCUCUACACCAGCCCGGCCAGGCCCACCUACCCCUCAUAUCAUCAAUACCGCCAUGAAUAUCAACAAGGAGAGCUGGAACGUCGCUACACGGCCAGCUCUAGCUGCAUGGAAGCAGUCCCAGGACUGUACGAAGUGGAUUUAGACUCACCAGAUGAGUUGGACAAAUAUCUCAAGUAUGGCGGAGGACAACAGAGCCUAGAUCUGGAUUCCAAUCACAACUACCAGGCUCCUAGCCAAUAUUAUUAUCCUCAGGCCCAGCCAUUGGCCGUGAACGAAGUGGCUCAAGAAUACCAGCCAACUGAGGAGCAAACCCAACCUCAACAACAGCAGGAAGAACAGAAACCUGACUUUUCUCAUAUUUUAGCGGAUGUCCGUAAGACUUGCUAUACUACUUGCACCUAGCUAAUACUGGCCACAACAAUUGGAUAUCGUGAAAAAAAAAUUAUAAAAAAAAACAUUAAAAGAAUUAUCAGAUUCUGUAUACAGGAAUGUUAUGGUUAUUUAUGUUCAGAAUAAAAACUUGCGUAUAUCAGUCAUACCACUUUAUGUUAGAAAAAUAUAAUUGUGAUCACUGUUAGUCGAUUUGAUAGGGACACCUUUGUACCUGACUGAAGUAGGUAAUAUCACCAUAUCACCAACAGUCUUCAUUGUAUAUUCCACUUGCAGUAACAUUCGUUUUCUUUCUCAGUCCGCAAUGCGAUCAAGCAGUCAAUAUUUAUAGCCUAUGAUGACAGGGAUAAAUAAAACGUUUUAUACAGUAUCAACCGAUGUGACGCUUAAAAAAACAAAAAAAAAACAAAGUGGUUUCCAAUUGAUCUCGAACAGAACUUGGAAACGUCUUAAAAUAUUCAAUACCGCCGUAUUUAAAAAUAUCAAGCUAACUAUAGGAAUCGGAUAUCACAUCAUUAAAAUAUCGGAAUAUCCAAAAGCUUAGACUGACAGAGAGAGUGUGGAGGAAAAUGAGGAGAUGAAACGGAGAUGAAGAAAAAUAGAAUAUAUACAAUUAGGUAUAUCAAACUAUUAUUCGUAUAAUAAAGACAAUUUAAAUAAAACAACGAUGAAAAUUUAAUUUUUUUAAUUUAAUUUUAAUUAUGUAUAUAAUAUAAAAAAAAGUAUAGCCCUGUCUUGUAGAUUGGGCAUUUACGUGGGACCAAUGACAUCGCUAAAAUGUAAGUUCUAUAUAGUCUUCUUGAGGUCUACGUUAUUUCUCAGUUUUUCCCAAAUUUUUUUGUAAACAUGUCCGAAGUAAUUGCAGGAAGUAUCGGAAAUAUAAAAGAAGCUUCUAUCGUACUUAGAUAAAAGUUAAAACGUUUCGAGCAAUCAGCAUGCGACUCAAUAUCAGGAUUGGCAAUAGUUCGAUAGCCCUGGCUAUGGAUAGUUUCGACAUAUAAGCUAUCGCUACUACCGAUCGAUUGGUCUUAAUGUUUAUAUUUAAAUUGGAUGAAGGCAGGGGCUUGAAUUCCCAUGGUUCUGCCAUUUUCUAAAGAAAGAGAAAAAAAAAAUACUAAUUAAAAAAUUGCUUUUUGCUAUUUAUGUUUAGGAUGUAGGUAGGUAAUAAUUUUAGGAUAAAAUAUUAAAUCAAAUCCCUCCUAAUCAAACCAUGUCGGCUAUUCACAGUGAAAGCUUUAUUUCACGUCGAAAUAACUGAGAGGAGAGGUACAAAAUUAAAAAGUUAAUAAUGGCAAGACGAUGCAAUCGAUUGUCGCUUGUUCUGGCCUAAAGAUCUUCCAUCAGCUUACAAAACAGGGGACUGAUUCAUAUUACUAUACAAAAACCUAUUCGGACAUGAGGAACAUAACUUGAGGAGGGCUCAGGAAAACAAGUCUACACAAACCAAAUAACAAACACACAAUCCAAAAUUCUUCAAUAAACGGUUAAACACGCUAUGGUAGUAUGUUUUAAAUCACACCAUACAACAUAAACAUUCCAACAGACAAAAAUAUUAUACUUUUGGGAAAAGUGUGAUGUCAGCAUUAGAUUAAGGAUUAUCGGUAGCUUUUACGAUAGUUGCGACUACAGAUACUAUCGAUAGUGCUAUCGAACUAUAGCCAACCUUACUGGUGACCUCAAGUCCCAGCUGGUUGAAAACAGCUGACAUGAUACACCGCCUUAUUGACUUAUCUUAUGUUAGUUAUUAAGUUAAAUUAUCUUUUUAAGAUUUAAAUAAAUAUUGUUUAUGAAGUUUAAUUUUUUGUAUUUUUUUUUUUUUUUAUUAAAUGAGAUUUUUGUAUCUAGUUGAUGCAAAGAAAAAUCUGGAAGUGUUGUGUAUUUGUUUUAUUAUGUGGUAAUUAUAUUUCGAAAAUAAAAUGUUCUCUUGUAUCUUGUCUUUUCGAAACCCACUUAUAUCAUUGUAAUAAAUAAAUAUAGUUUUAU